CGUUCUCCCUGUCGCGCGUUCGGCGCGGAGAUAGCGGCGCACCGUCGAUCAACGUCGCGACUACACUUCGAUUCGUUUUCCUGCGGAAGCGUAGCGAAGAACCUGGCGAACGUCGCCCGAGUCCAGGACGCGGGCGCCACAGGUGAGAAGGGCGCUUGUCGACCAGCUUCACCAGCAGCGGCGGCAGCUUGUUCAACCGUUUAGUGAGGCAGGCCCGCCCUGCCGGCAUCAUCGGUCGACAUGGAUGUGACUAUGAUUUGUGCCGGCGUCGGCUGGGUGCCGGCGAUGGUGACCGUCACCCUGAUCGGUGCCUCCCUGAUGGCGUACAUCUGGGCGGCUCUCACGGGAGCGGUGACCGUUUACGCGCCGUACAUCAGCGAAGCCGGUGCCUCACCGCCACAAAGCGGAGUGUUCAGCCUGCUCCUUUACUUCGGAUCUCUCUUGGCGUGCUCCACGAUGCUGGUACGAUACGUGGUGAUCCGCAACCUGAACCGCUGUUGCCGGUGGAGCGUCGACGUCCUGAACGUGGCCGCAGUCAUGGCGGGACUCCUCGCCGUCUUCGGGAACCUCAUCGUCUCCGCUUAUCCCGUGUUGACGAGCCGGACGAUCCACAACGCUGGCGCGUACACCAUGUUUCUCGCGGCGGUCUUGUACAUGGCGCUCGAAACCGGGCUCACGUGCUGCCUCUGCCCCGAGUACAAUGCUAAGAGCAUGGUGUGGCUGAGGUUCUCCCUCACAACGGCAUCCGUUUUCGCCGUUAUAUUCACCGCGUGCUACCAAUACAUCGGGGAAAACCUAUGGGUCGAAGGGCUUAAUGACAAGCCGAAACACUUGAGGGAGCCUGGAGACCCGGGUUUCCGAGAGCUGCUCAUCAGCUCCGUGGGAGAGUGGUUUCUGGUGUCUCUGUUCCUCGCCUUCUUCCUCACGUUCGCGCACGAGUUCCGGCGUGUGAUCGUCACCGUGGACGUGUUUCCUCUGGUCUACCACAUGGACGAACACAUCGAGGUGACCCGGCUGCGUCCUCACGACUCUUACUCGCUCUUUUCCUCGGCCUCCCUCUGACGUUGUCCUCUGAGCGUACACUCGAAGACUGUGACUACGCUUUUCUUUUUGAAUCGAACUGCGUGCCAUAACGCCCUUCGAAGCUGCGGAGAAGACGGAAGUUUGAACAUGUGGAACUUACUCGAACACGGGUGUUGGUCGAUGCCAAAGUUUCGGCAAAUGGGCUUGUCUUUGUCAAGAAGUGACAGCGUGUCACUUACUCUGAAAAUACUUACGUUGUCAAACAGCUCUAUGUUAGUCGAUCUCCACGUAGGUAGUUGUGCAUGUGUGUGUGCACACACGUUGCUUGUAAAACUGUUGCUCAGUUAGUUGACUUUUUGUAACUACUACAAAUGCUGAUGACCAUUCACAUGGAAUUACUGUAAAUUCAAAAUGUCUAGGUCUAGCCUUUUUAUGAUGUCUUCAUUUACUUUCGUACUUUGAAGAGACCACGUGAAGGAUUCAGUGCUUUGUUGUCGUUUGUACGUUACGUCAGAACCACUUGUCUUCUUGAAGGUACCACUUUCAGCCUCGAAGGCGACAAGACAACUUGUCCAUGCGUAGGCUCCAGCUGUUUACCUUCUGUUCGAGAAUUUUUGAUGCCGUGUGAGUCGUUCUGCAGUGAUUCCACAAGCCCUUCUUCUCUCUUUUUUUUAGGGGUCGAGCAAAGAAAGAUUUUGAGCAAUCUGACGGUGACAACGUCUUGACGACGUGAAUCUCGCCCCAUUCUAGCCACCUGUUGCGUGCUACGUCAGCUUCUGUCUCAUGCGUAUCACGCAUGUUCAGUUUUCGUUUCCCUCGACGGGCGGCCAAGUUGCCCCUUUUAAUAAAACAAAACACCUUUGGAACUCGCUGUCCGUCAGUCACGACAGGCGCCGCCAUUCAGAAUCUGAGCUACGUGAAGACGGAUCACAUUCUGCAGGCGCGAAUGGUCGUCCCGUGUCUCUACGUCGUACGUACACGGUUUGGCAGAGUUAUAAGUAUGUGAAAACUGUUUUCCCGUCACAAUACAGUGCAAGUGUUGAUGUGACGGGCAUCCUCAAUUCUUACUAAGUUACAAUACUUUUAUCUUUUUAUUGAGACGAAGGUUGCCCCGACAUUUGCAAGCCAUUAUUGUCGCUUCUUUCACGAUGACUCUAAACAGCGACAUUGACGAUGCCUACGAUAUGUACUGAGACGAAAAUAAACCAUUUUGCCACCUUUU